AUGGCACUUGCGAGACAACCGCGGAAGGCUUCAAUGGCCAGUGGUGCAAGAAAAUACUUACUAGAUAUUGAAGCGACGAAAGUGAAACACGAUGUUUCAGGUGAUCGUUGUGAGCUGCAAGGCACUUGCCUUACACAUCCAUGUGAAAGAGGUGAAUGUAUUCAGCUGUCAUUUGACAGUCACUCCUGUAGCUGUCCCAAAGGCUAUGAGGGAACGAGAUGCGAGAUACGCAUAGACUACUGCAAGCGAAAUCCUUGUCUCAAUGGUGGAUCAUGUGAAUCACUGAUUGGAGAGCACAAAUGUCAUUGUAUCAAUACGAUUCACAGGUGCAAAUUGCGAGACGGAUAUUGA